AAAAUACAAUAGCGCAGUGGCAGUGGCAGUGACAGUUUUUAAAAUCAGCUGUUACUGCUAAUAUUGGCAGUGACUGCCGCAGCAAACAAAAUACGGCGUUGUCAGUGGCUGCUGUAUUUGACAUUCCAUUAUUUGACAUUUUAUAUUAUUCUGUGUGCUGGCGGGAACUUCACAAAAAAUAAAUAUUAAAUUUUAACUAAAAUUUCUAAAAUGGUUUCGUUGCUACAAGAGGAAAUAUUGCUUUUAGAUUUAGGGCAAUUGUAUUAUGUGUACAAAAAGUACAAAGCAAAAAGAAUUUGGACAAGUGAAAUAUAUACGCAAGAAGAGCGGCAAGCCCAUGGAUUUUUCGAGCAGGCUUAUCAAAUUAUAAAAACUAAUGAUGAUUCCGAGUUCCGAAAGACUACUCGGAUGAGCGUAAAGGUUUUCAAUUUGUUGGCAUCGCUGUUGGAGAAAAAGUUAACAAGAACUUCCCGCAGGAAACCUAUCGAGCCGGAGUGCCGCUUGGUGUUAACAUUAAUGUAUUUAGCACAAGGUGCAAAGUGGCAAACUAUUGCAUGGACUUUUCGGAUGGGCCUCUCAACUGUGCGCAAAAUAGUUUUUGAAACUUGCGAAGCCAUUUGGGAUGAGUUAUGGGCAAUUUAUUUGCCUCCACCAAAUGAAUGUGAAUGGGAAAGCAUAGCUUCGGAAUUUCAUACAAAGACUGGGCUACCACAUUGCGUAGGAUGCAUCGAUGGCAAACACAUCAGGAUCCGAUGUCCACCACGCUCUGGCUCGCUCUAUUACAACUACAAAAAAUAUCAUAGCAUAGUUUUAUUAGCUGCUUGUGAUCACAAUUACUGUUUCACCGCAGUCGAUAUAGGUGCAUAUGGCAGUCAGAGCGAUGGUGGAAUAUUGCGAGCCAGCUCUUUCGGCAGUAAAAUUAUUAAUAACACGAUAAACUUGCCAAAAAGUGCAAUUUUACCUGGGUCUAAUAUAUCAAUGCCCUACUUUUUCGUUGGCGACGCUGCCUUCCCACUCCGCAAAAAUUUGAUGCGACCAUACCCAGGAAGAUAUCUGCAAGAAGAUAAAAAUACUUUCAACCAAAUUCUGUCAAAAGCAAGAUGCAGAAUAGAGAAUACGUUCGGGAUAAUGACUAUGCGGUGGCGUGUUUUAUGCGAUGGUUUAUUGUGCCAUCCACAUAAUGCAGAAAAAAUUGUGAAGGCUAUAGUGGUUCUCCACAAUUACGUCAAACAAAACGAUGUUGAAUAUUGUCCAAAUACGUUGGUAGACCACUAUGAAGGUGAUGUUCAAGUAGAAGGUCAAUGGCGAAACGAAGUCGCCACACUGCCACAAACAAGACUAUUUACUCGUUUCAAUGCUCCAAAAGACGCUUUCAAAAUGCGUGAUGUCCUAAAGGAUUAUAUUAAUAAAUAA